GGUCUGGAGAUUUCUCUGACCUUAUGCUUUCUUCACCCAUCCAUCCCCCUGUCUCUAGAAAGUCCCGGAGGAACAGCAUGGAACCUUCUGGAAUCCGGACACCUUCUCCUGUGACCAUCGAUUACAACUCAGAGGAAGCAGGGAGACCGGCCGAUCGGGUGCAGCCAGGGCCGGCCCCUGAGACGGCCCCAUCUGCGGCAGAGUUGGACGAGCUGCUGACCUUGGCGCAGGAGCUGGUGAACGGGCAGAGUGGGCCGCAGGAGGCAGCAGCGGACACCUGCGCCAGCCAGGCCCCGCAGGGCGAGGGGAAGAGCGGGGCGGGGGCGGGGGCGGGGGUGGCCCCGGCCGAGCUGGAGCUCCACUGCCUCCUGGACCAGCGCUCCGACAGCCCUCCCACCGCCGGCAACCUAAGGCUGCGCUGCCUGGUGACGGGCCCCGGGGGUCCGUGGCUCCAGGACACCCCCCCUGCCCCCCCCUCCUGCUCCUCCUCACCUGGGAAGCGGCCUCCCCCCUCCCCCGACCGGGCCCCGAGCUGCCACCCGUCUGCUGCCGCCGUCAGUCAGAUGUACCGGGCCGCCGAGUCCAUCUGGGAGGCCGAGCUGUCGGUCCUCUCCAGCCCCGACGACUAUUGCCCGGCCCAGCCCCAGUCCCCCAGCCCCCAGCUCGCCAACCUCCGCGACUACCCGCCCAGCCCGGCCAGCAACCCCCCGACCAGCCCUUCCUGCGGCCGCCAGGGCCAGAAGGCAGGCCGCAGCCAGGGCCUGGAGUCAGGCCCCGGGCAGUCGACGUGGCCCAGCACAGGGGCCAGGGCAGGCACCGGGUCUUUGGGUGGGUAUGAUCGGGAUCCCGGCUACGGGGUGGGUUCUAGCUACGGCCUGGAGGCCUGUCGGGACCUGGGGCCAGACUACAGGCUGGGGUCUGACUACAGCGUGAGGCCUACGGGCAGCAUGUGGCCUAGCCGGGGCCUGGGGCCUGACUACGGCCUGAGGCCCGACUACAGGCCGGGGCCCACUCGGGGCAUGGGGCCUAACUACGGCCUGGGGCCUAGUCGAGACCUGGAGCCUGACUACGGCAUGGGGCCUUCUAGGGGCAUGGGGCCUAGUCGAACCCUGGAGCCUGACUACGGCCUGGGGUCCACCUACAACGCAGAGACGUGCGACUGGACCAAGACCCAGGAUUCUGGGGCCGCCAUGCAGGCCGAUGGCCAGAUGACAGCCCCUUCCGUCUAUGCCCCAACCCCGCCCCCCACAGGACCCCCCCCUCCCCACAGCGCAAGCCCCGCGCCCAUGGCUGACCCCGACCUUGACCCCGAUCCCCACUCUAGCCUCACCCCCAGUUUGGGCCCCGCCUCCAGCAGUGGCCCCCUCUCCAGCUUCGGCUCCGCCCGCAGCUUGGACAAGACCCCGGACCCCCACCCAGCCCACUCCCCCCGUCCACCUGUCCACCCCAUCAUUCAGCCAGCCAUCAGCCCCACCCCGACCGUGACGCCCAACCUGGUCCCGGCCCAGAGCAGCCGCUCCGCCUCCAUCCCGUCCCACAACCCCAUCCCGGGCCUCGGUCCCCUCUCCAUCGGCCGCUCGGCUUCCAUCCCCAGCAGGGGCUCCGUGGCUACUCAAAGCCGUGUUGCCUCCCUGACCUCCAGCCGGGACCCCAACAGGAGCCCCGCUCCCAGCUCCCCGGCCACUCAAAGCCGAGCCUCUGUGCUCGCAGGCCCCGGCCUGGACCCCAACAGGGCCCCCUCCGGCCCCAGCCCCAACAGGAGCCCCGCUCCCAGCACCCCCGCCACUCAAAGCCGAGCCUCCGUGGUCGCCAGCCCCAACCCCAACAGGAGCCCGGCCCCCAGCAUCCAGAGCCAGAGCCAACCCCAGGCCCCGCUCCCGGAUCAGGGUUCGAUCAGCAGCGGGCCCGGCUCCAGCGGCUCGCCGGAGAUCACCCCUCCGUCCGUGGAGUUAGAGCCCUUCCCCCUGGGCCAGUCCAGAAUGCCCUUCCUCAGGCGCUCCGAUGCGGGCCUUGUUACCAUGCCGCCCCCCUCCCCCCGCACCCAGUCAAGCACCCCGACCUCCUCCUCCGCCCGUCCGCCCGGCGAGCGGGAAUCCCCAGUCCGACACGGGCGGCCGGCUGACCCCUUCAACAUGCAGCCCAUCGACUGA